ACGAUCUGUGGGUGAGAUCAAAUAUUUGUGUGGAUCCAAUAAGUGUCAUUGCAGUGAUUUCAGUGAAACUGAUGAUGACAGCCAACAUGUUACUGAUUGCCUUCUUUCUAUCAGGGGCUUUGUCUUUGUGUCCUAAAUGGUCAAACCUCUUCAUGACUACACCGCAGAAGAUGGAAGCACUGACUGGAUCCUGUUUGCAAAUCCCAUGUAACUUUUGGGCAAGAUAUAGGAACGACUUUGACGACAGUGAAACCUUUGGAAUCUGGAUCAAAAGCGGCCCCGAAUUUGGAAUCAAUCAAAACAAUGUGAUUUUCAAUAGUAGCAGAAUAUUUAACACAUAUCCGAUGAGGAUUGUAGGGAACCUAAAACAGAAAAAUUGCACCACUCUUUUUUACAAAUUACUCCCAAAGUAUUCUGACAACUACUUUUUCAGAAUUGAAAAAUGGCCUUUCAGGGAAACAGCUCUUUGUGACCCUCUUCAAAUAACAGUUAAAGAUUCUCCUCCGAGCCCCAGCAUAAAGAUCUCAGGAGAUCUGAAGGAGAAGGAGUCUGUCACUAUAACCUGCUCAGCCUCCACUCCCUGUCCACUCUCCCCUCCUAAACUCACCUGGACUCUCAAACAAGACUCUCUCAACAACAUGGAGGAAAACCCAGAUAAAACCUUCACGACUAAAAUCCAGGAGAAGAUCACUCUGACGGACAAACAUGAUGGAUACAACAUCACCUGUUCUGCCACAUAUCCUGUGAAUGAAGGAAAAGAAGUCAAGACAGCAGAGGAGACACAGACUCUCAGAGUUUCAUGUGAGACAACCAGAGAUUGUUAUUGGAUCCUGUCAGAAUGUGAUGAUUUUAAAGAUGUUUGCUGUUUUUAAUUAAUUAUGUUUAUCUAACAUUUUCCUCGGAUUCUCCUAAAAACACCUCAGCGUCCAUCAGUCCAUCAGGUUUGGUGUCAGCAGGUAUUCAUGUGAACCUGACCUGCUCCAGCAGAGCCAAUCCUCCUGUCAGCAGCUUCACCUGGUUCAAGAUCAGCAGAGAUGGACCCAUGAUCGUAUCUGAAGGAGAGUUUUACAGCUUUAAUGUCACAGAGGGAGGAGUUUAUUACUGUGUGGCCAUGAAUGAUCUCAGUAAUCAGACAUCAACAGAGACUCAU